AUGAUGGCAGCCAAUUCGAUUGUUGUUCAAAAACCGCCGAGCACCUACAUGUGCUCUUUUUCUCUCUAUGCAUCGACAGUAAUUAUGGCAAUUCUUCAGACAGUUCUUUCCGCUUUAUUGGCAGUUCUGUACCGUGUAAAAAUCGAAGGAGACAGUGUGAUCGUGCGUAUUCUCUUCUGGAUCCACGUGUCUUGCUCCGUAUCAGCUCUUCUUUUUUCUCUCUUCUGCCUUGCCAAACGAAAAAUAGGAUCGACGUAUGAAGUGGUGCUACAUGGAUAUCUGCUGAGUGUGCUCAUAAACGGUCUGACUGCCCUAUUCGGAGUGCUCUAUGUGCCAUUAUUCUUCCUCCAAACAUCACAUUCACUAAUGGAAGGUCUCGAUUAUUUCAUUUGCUUCAGUCUGUCCGGUGUACUCCUUUUUCUUCAAUGGGCAGUUAAACAAGUCACCGAACAAAUGCUACCGGUCAUGGAACAUGAUUUCAAAGUUUGA